AUGACAGGGUUGUAUUUAGUAGUAAAUUUAACUUUGUUUUAUUUGUUAAAAAGUUGUUUUUAUCUUUUCCAGCACUUAGUUGAUUGGUCGCAAGCAAUGUUACCGCAAAUUCCCCGUAUAACACAAUACUAUGAUGACUGGGUACAUAAACCGGUGGAUAGACCACUAAGACUAUUCGCACCCUGGUAUUUGGAAAUGUGUACGAAAACUCCCUGGUGGGUUGUGCCGACAUUUUGGCUGCCGGUCAUAACAAAACUAAUAUACGAUGAAUUUAUACAGGAAAUACAAAAGCAAAAUACCUUUAAGUUAACCCUUUUAAGCCUGUACCUUUUAGUGGGUAUAUUAUUUUGGACAUUUCUAGAGUAUGCCCUGCACCGUUAUGUCUUUCAUAUGGAAGUUAAAUCGAACACCCAUCCUUGGUUGUGUACUUUACAUUUUAUGAUUCACGGUUUACAUCAUAAGGUGCCAUUUGAUCCCAUGCGUUUGGUAUUUCCCCCCUUGCCGGGUGUUAUUUUAGCGACCAUAUUUUAUGCUCCUUUAUCGUUAGUUUUACCACGUCCUCGAGUUAUAUUGGCAGGUGCAUUAUUUGGUUAUUUAUGCUAUGAUAUGAUUCACUAUUAUCUACACUAUGGUAGUCCUAGUGUUAAACAUUUAUAUCACAUGAAACGUUAUCAUUAUCAACAUCAUUUUGCCCAUCAAAAUAUGGGUUAUGGUAUCUCGAGUCCUUUAUGGGAUUUUGUUUUCAAUACAAGAAUACAUUUAAGAAAGUUAAGGUUUCAUUUAAAGUGGAAAUGAAUCAUUAUAGUUCAAUAGAAUAAGAAAUCAAAUGUAUUCAGAUAUAUAGGAGUUUUCAAUUUUAUUCUGUAAUUGUUUUCAAAAUUAUAUAGAAGGAAGUGUAUUGUUCCUUUUUUUUAAUUAAAUGUUUUUUUAUUUAGUUUUUACUUUGUUAAAAUUUUAUACUAAUUGAAUGUCCUAAACAUGUCUGUUUAUAUUUAUUGCCUGUUUCUUGUUUAUCGUCAGAAAAGUGCAUAAAAAUUAUUCACUUUUUCUUUGCGUUCAAGUAAUAGAGCGUAAUUUUAAGUAGUUUGUAAGUUGUUACUUAUUUAAGUGAAUUUUUAUGAACAAAUUUUAAAUAAGAUUUGUAAUAAUGUUAUUUUUAUAUUGUAUGAAUAAUUUUAAAUUAACCAAAUAACAAUAAAAA